AUGCAGGUCGGGGGUCGCUGCCAGUCGCUGCACACGGACGGCUACCGCUGGGACACGGGCCCGAGCUUGCUGCUUUUUCCUAACACCUACAAGGAGGCCUAUGCAAAGCUUGGCACCACCCUGGAGGCGCACGUGCCUAUCAAGCGGGUCGAGCCGGCCGCCUACCGGGUGUUUUUCGGCCCUGAGACGGCCGGCGGCAGCAGCAGCGGCGGCAGCAGCUGCGGCAGCAGCAGCGGCAGCAGCAGCAGCAGCAGCAGCAGCAGCAGCAGCAGCGGCGGCGGGGGGUUUUCGCACCUGGACCUCCUGUAUGACGUCAAUCUGAUGUCAGAGCAGCUGGAGGCUAUAGAGCCAGGCAGGUGCCCCUGGGGCGCCGGCACCGAGUACGUGGCCUGGCUGGCCGCCGCGCGCCGCGCGCUGGUGGUCGGCACCGAGAACUUCAUAGCGCGCGACGUGGACAGCUUCGGCGAGCUGCUGGACCCGGCGCGGCUGCUGCCGCUGCUGGGGCAGGUGGACGUGCUGGAGCUGCUGGGACAGCAUCACGGCAGGCUGGUGCGGCGUUUCAGGGACCCUCGGAUAUGCGCCCUCCUGUCAUUCCAGGACCUCUACGUGGGGUUGUCGCCCUACAACGCCCCGGGGGUCUUCAGCCUGCUGGCCGCCACAGAGCUAACUGACGGCGUCUUCUACCCUGUAGGCGGUUUCGAAAAGGUGCGCAACAGCCUGCUGAGCAUAGCACAGUCGCACGGCGCCCAGCUGCGCACGGGCGCGCGCGUCCAGCGCAUUCUUGUGGAUGAGGGCAGCAACGGCAGCAGCAGCAGCAGCAGCAGCAGCGGCAGCAGCAACGGCGGCAGCAGCAGCAGCGGCGGUGGCAGCAGCGGCGGCAGUGGCAGGGUGACGGGCGUGGAGCUGGAGGGAGGCGAGCGGCUGUUUGCGGAUGCAGUCGUGACGAAUGUGGACGUGGCGGCGUCGUUGGGGCUGGUGGCGCCGGCGGAGGGCGCGCCUGAGGGGCCGGGACACAAGCAUGCGCGGCAGCGGCGGCGGCGCCUGGAGGAUGCUGAGUACAGCGCGGGCGUCAUCUCCUUCAACUGGGCUGUCAAGGAUUACGCCCCACUCAACGCCCUGCUGCACCACAACGUCUUCAUGUCCGGCGACAGCCGCGCCAGCUGGCGCCGCGCCCGGUCGCCUGCCGAGCUCGCCACCCACCCAAACUUCUACGUCCACUGCCCCUCCCGCUCCGACCCGUCCGCCGCACCGCCCGGCUGCCACAGCGUCAUGGUGCUGCUGCCAAUUGCCAACGAGCAGGAGCGGGGCGGGUCAGACGGCGGCGGCGGCGGCUACGGCCCGUUGGUCGACGCCGGCCGCGCCGCCGUGCUGCGCACGCUGCGCGACGCGGGGGUGGCCGACGGCGGGCUCGAGGCCGCGAUCGUGCAUGAGACGGUCAUUGACCCCCCAGAGUGGCGGCGGCGCUACGGGCUGACCCAUGGCGCCGCGUUUGGCCUGUCUCACGGCCUGAACCAGCUGUCGCUGCUGCGGCCGGGCCCGGAGGACCCGCGGCUGCCGGGGCUGUACUUUGUGGGCGCGAGCGCGCGGCCGGGCAACGGGGUGCCGUUGGUGAUGAUGGGGGCGGACCAAUGCGUGGGGCGAGUGCUGCGGGGCCUCGGCGUCGCCGCCGCGCGCGCGUGA